GCUUAUCCACAUUAACUAACCUUCUUAUGGGGGCCUAUGGAAGCCUCUUUUUCUACUAGUGUUGCCAUUUAUCAUAUCAUCAUCGAGCCCUUCAUAUCAGAAAUAAGUGACCUUUUAGGCAUGUUGUACUAAAACUUUUAGGCUUUGAAUAUGAAUAUCAUUUCAUUUAUUCAGACUGAAGAUGCGCACAUCAUCUUCUUAAGUCAGUUUGAGCUAAGCGCGUAUGAACAAUGUGACCACACCACGUCAUGACAUGUGUAGUCUCUAUAAAUUGUGAUGAAAUUUAUCCCUGACUAUCAUGAUAAGGAUUGUUACCGUUUUCCUCGAUCGGCGAGGCCGAAACCACUCGUUCGUCCUGGCCGGCAAGGCUCUCGUCAACUGUAUUUUGUUUGGAUCUCUCUGCAGUGUUAAUUUGGAGCAUUGAAUGUUAAGCCUAAAAUUGGUACUCCAUAAAGUCUGUUGUAUGCAUGUGCCUAAAUUAAUUAAUAGGAGUACGUAUAUAUCUUUUGGAUUAAGAUGGGUCUAACUUCAUUCGCAAAAAAAAAAAAGAUGGGUCUAAAUUAAUGAUUCAGUGGUACCGUUCCUUAGCCUCGGCGCAGCUAUAUAUAAGAGAUAAAUCGCGCUCUCAAAGACUCAAGAAAGAAAGAACCCGGUCGAAAACUUUCCUCUUCAGUUCUGUAGCGGCGAUGAAGUCACGCGCCGGCACGCCGCCGGUCCUGUACUCGUACGCGUCGAUGCAGCAGCGGAGCAGCGGCGGCGUGAGGUGGCGCGAGUGCGGUGCCGUGCUGGGCGCCGCCGCCUUGGUGGUGCUCGUGGUCACCCACGCGCUCCUCCCAGGGGCCAGGCUGGGGGACCUGGGCGACGUGGUUAGCCCGGUACUCCGUCUCCGGAGAGCCAGGCGGGAGGAGGCGGCCGUGCCGUCGUCGGAGAAGAUGGUAGGGGAAAUCGGCGAUGAGGCCGAUGGCUUCGCGUGGAGCAACGCCAUGCUGCAGUGGCAGCGCACUGGGUACCAUUUCCAGCCGGAGAAGAACUACAUGAACGAUCCAAACGCUCCAAUGUACUACCGUGGAUGGUACCACUUCUUCUACCAGUACAACCCGGAGGGCGUCACGUGGGGCAACAUCUCGUGGGGGCACGCCGUGUCGCGGGACAUGCUCCACUGGCACCACCUACCCCUUGCUAUGGUGCCCGACCGAUGGUACGACAUCAAAGGCGUUUUGACGGGCUCCGCCACCAUACUUCCUGAUGGCAAGGUCGUCCUGCUCUACACGGGGAACACCGACACCCUCGCCCAGGUACAAUGCCUUGCCGUACCUGCUGACCCUCAUGAUCCUCUCCUUCGUACUUGGACCAAGCACCCCGCCAACCCUGUGCUCCUUCCGCCCCCCGGGACCGGCAAAAAGGACUUCCGCGACCCCAUGACAGCAUGGUUCGAUAAGUCCGACAACACGUGGCGCACCAUGAUCGGGUCCAAGGACGACAACGGUCAUGCUGGUGUCGCCCUCAUGUACAAGACAAAAGACUUUGUCAAGUUCGAGCUCAUCCCGCGCCCGGUCCACCGUGUCGAGGGCACCGGCAUGUGGGAGUGCGUCGACUUCUACCCUGUGGGCAACCGCAACUCAUCACAGGAAGAGUUGUACGUGCUGAAGGCGAGCAUGGACGAUGAACGACAUGACUACUACGCAUUGGGAAGGUACGACGCUGUGACCAACGCAUGGACGCCGCUGGACCCAGAAGCAGAUGUGGGAGUCGGACUAAGGUACGAUUGGGGAAAGUUCUUUGCGUCCACGACAUUCUAUGAUCCGACAAAGCGGCGACGCGUGAUGUGGGCGUAUGUUGGUGAGACAGACUCCAACCGGACCGACCUCGCCAAGGGAUGGGCAAACGUCCAGGCGAUUCCGAGGACGGUGGCGCUGGACGAGAAGACCCGGACGAACCUCCUCCAAUGGCCGGUGGAGGAGAUCGAGACCCUCCGUUACAACGCCACUGACCUCAGUGGCAUCACCAUCGGCAUUGGCUCCGUCUUCCCCCUGCAUCUCCGGCAAGCCGGUCAGCUCGACAUAGAGGCCUCGUUCCGCCUCAACACUUCUGACAUCGCAUCCCACAACGAGGUCGACAUCGGCUACAACUGCAGCACUAGCGGUGGUGCCACCAACCGGGGUGCACUCGGCCCCUUCGGCCUCCUCCUCACCAACGGCCACAGUGAACAAAUGGCAAUGUACUUCUACGUAUCUAGGAGCCUUGACGGGGGCCUCCGGACCCACUUCUGCCAUGACGAGUCGCAGUCAUCGCUGGCCAGGAACGUUGUCAAGCGUGUGGUGGGCAGCACUGUUCCGGUGCUCAACGGAGAGGCAUUAUCCACUAGGAUUCUAGUGGAUCAUUCCAUUGUGGAGAGCUUCGUGAUGGGUGGGAGAUUGACGGCGACGUCACGGGUGUACCCGACUGAGGCCAUCUAUGAGGCGGCUGGGGUGUACGUUUUCAACAAUGCUACCGGCUCCACUGUCAUCGUCGAUAAGCUCGUGGUGCAUGAGAUGCAUUCAACACCGAUGCAACUAGAUCUUUUUGCACGAGAUUAACUUCCAACCGGUUUCUCUUUACUAAGUUCGGUUUCUGAUAUUUUUCUAGUUCUGUCAGACGGAUCUAGUCAGCAGCACAUUCAUGGAAGGGAAAAAUCGCACAUUGUUACUGUCUGCUCGUUUAUGCAGCAGAUCAUAA